CAGGCAGCGAGAAGCUUCUCGACAUGGUUUAAUCACUCGAGUCAGUCUCGCACAGCGCUUCUAGGGCCAACCAAUAGCAUGUUCGGAAUGCGAUUGGCUCGCAGUUUGCCACCAAGGCAGGGGUAACGUCAUGUCAGCAGGCUGUCCGCCGACCUAUGUCCGAUGGCCUUCUGUCCCUUCUACCUGCCUGGCUCUUACUCUAUCUCCUCCCGAUGGCGCAGGCGUACGUGCCUACGUAUCGUCAUGCGACCGUUGGGAUCGUGCGGGCAUGCGCUCUGAGCAGGCGAUGCGACCGAUCUGGUCGCGGUUUACCACAUCCCACCGCGUCUGACCCCUUCUCUCCCGGACUGGGGCAACUCACGGCAGUACCGGCCUAUCACGGCUCGAUCCCGCUUGCGAAAGCGAUUGAUCCUGCCGGACCGGACGCGAGUACGAGACAGGCGAAUCAGUGAUUCGUGCGGGGAGGCGGGAAAACCCAAAUGCAACAGGUUGCAUGCCCCUGUCCGCGCGUGAAUGUUUCACUUCGCAUGAACGAUAGUACACCGCCCGCUCCGCAACUUUCGCAUCUCACUGUCUGCAACCGAGCCGGCCCUCGCAUCUGAGCAUCGCCCGCGUCCGGUCAGGAUCGUUGGCAGCUAGCAGACAGACGAUGGUGACGGCACGCUCGCGGGCUUCUCAGGCUACUCUCUGCCACUUGCUCAACGCCACACGAAGCCAUCUUCGAAACAUUCCCGUUCUAGCGGGGGACUGUCAAGGAUGCAUUUCCCGCCGAUCCCCGACCGCAGCCACGCACUGAGGAGGGGAUUUCGAGUGGGAACUGGGAUCCAUCCUACCUCUCCCCCCCACUCGCUCGCUCCGCGGACCUCCCGCUAGCUGCAUUUAGGACGCCCGUUUACGCGACUACAU